CUCCGUUUACAUUGUUCCUAACCUUGUCGAUGGGAAUAUCAUCAAAAGCUGUUGAGCCACUUGAGAAGGGAAAUGUAAGACUUACUGGAGGAAGGACUCCAGCAGAAGGUCGAGUUGAAAUAUAUUUCAAUGGCAGCUGGGGAACAGUCUGUGACGAUUCCUGGGACGACAGUGAUGCUCUGGUCGUAUGCCGAAUGCUUGGAUACAGUGAUGGUGUAGCCUACAGAAAGGCAAAAUUUGGAGAAGGUUCUGGACCUAUUUGGUUAGACGAGGUACAAUGUGAUGAAACAGAAUAUAACAUCGAAGAUUGCCUACAGAACGUUUAUGGAGAUCACAACUGCGACCAUUCAUCAGAUGCCGGUGUUCUUUGUAAGCACGUAUCUGUACGACUGGUUGGUAGUGACAACAAAUUCGAGGGUCGUGUGGAGGUGUUCUUUCAUGACCAAUGGGGUUCCGUAUGUGACAGCAGCUGGGACCACGAUGAUGCUUUGAUUGUCUGUCAAAUGUUAGGAUACAAUGAUGCUUUGGUGAAAUCAAAUACAGACUUUUGGCCGGGUUCUAGUAAAAUAUGGUUGGAUGGAUUGAGAUGUUCCGGAACCGAAGAUUUUCUGGGACAAUGUCAAGCCGAACCAUGGGGCAUGCACAACUGUACGCACAACGAUGAUGCAGCUCUCAAGUGUAUGAAUAUUGCUGUUAGACUUGCCGGAAGUGAAGAUAAAUCAAAAGGACGUGUUGAAGUUUAUUAUAAUGGAGAAUGGGGUACAAUAUGUGAUGACUACUGGGAUCACAGGGAUGCAAUGGCAGUGUGUCGCAUGCUGGGAUACAGCGAUGGCGUUGCAUACUCCAAGGGGAAAUAUGGUACCGGUUCUGGCCGAAUAUGGCUUGACAAUAUGAAUUGCACGGGUAACGAGCCUUCCAUUGCAAGCUGCCAAAAGAGCAUGUGGGGUGAAAAUGACUGCCGACAUGCAGAAGAUGCAGCUGUCGAAUGUAAAAAUAUAUCAGUACGUCUGGUCGGUGGUAACAGUUCCUCAAAUGGCCAUGUGGAAGUGUUUUUCAGUGGACAAUGGGGUACUAUUUACGAUUCUGAUUGGAACCAUAAUGAUGCCUUGGUUGUUUGUCGCAUGCUGGGAUACAGUGAUGGAAUCGGCUAUAAAGUGGCAAGACCGUUUUUGGCAUUUGAGCCAUUAUGGUUAGACAAUGUGGAUUGCGAUGGGUUUGAGAUGUCCAUAGACCAAUGCAACAGAAGUAAAUGGAGAAGUUAUCAGCAGAUAGUUAAUGAAAGAGUUGGAGUCCAUUGCCAAAACAUCUCUGUACGACUCAAGGAUGGAAACUCACUAGGGAAUGGACGUGUAGAGGUGUUUUUCAACGGAGAAUGGGGGACAAUUUGUGAUGAUAACUGGAGUAACAACAAUGCCUUAGUAAUCUGUCGUAUGCUGGGCUAUAGCAAUGCCGUAGCCUACAGCAAAGCCUACUUUGGUGCUGGCACUGGAAAGAUAUGGCUGGACAAUGUGAAUUGUACUGGGACUGAACACUCUCUGUCAGAAUGUAUGAGUAAUCGAUGGGGACACCAUGAUUGUGAACAUAAUGAAGAUGCAGCUGUCAACUGUUCAACCAUUUCUGCCAGAGUUCAAGGAGGUGAAAGAGAUGGAAUUGGUCGUGUGGAGUUGUUCUAUAAUGGUAACUGGGGCGCCGUAUGUAACGAUAGUUGGGACCGCAAUGACGCCCUUGUUAUAUGCCGGAUGCUAGGAUACAGCGAUGGUGACAUCAUAUCCAACAAACUGUUUGGAAAAGGAUCUGGUAAAAUAUGGCUUGAUGAGGUGAACUGCGAUGGCAGCGAAAGUUCGAUUGAACAGUGCAGUUCUGAUCCAUGGGGAGUGCAUGACUGUGCUGAAGAUGGAGAGGCAGCCGUUAAUUGCACUCACAUCUCAGUAAGACUUGUGGAUGGACUGAAUUCAAGCGAGGGACGUGUUGAGGUUUUCUUCAAUGGCAUGUGGGGCACUGUGUGUGAUGACCAAUGGGAUCGUUUUGAUGCAUUAGUUGUAUGCCGGAUGCUUGGAUACAGUGAUGCUGUGGCCUUUUCUAAAGGAUCAUUUGGUGAAGGAAUAGGGAAAAUAUGGUUGGAAAAUUUAAAUUGCAAAGGAAAUGAGAGUUCUAUUGGCGAGUGUGUUGACACAUGGGGAGGCACACAAUGCCAUCAUUGGGAAGAUGCUGGAGUUCGUUGUUCCAAUGUUUCUGUGAGACUGGUCGGUGGUAACAAUGAAAGCAAUGGCCGUGUCGAGGUGCUCUAUAACAAACAAUGGGGUACAAUUUGUAGUGACCAAUGGGAUUUCUAUGACGCUUUGGUCAUAUGCCGAAUGUUAGGCUACAGUGACGGAGUUCCUUACACUGGACACAGUUUUGGCAAAGGCUACGGCCCAGUAUGGUUAGGAGAUGUGCAGUGCACUGGAAACGAACGUUCUAUUUCAGAAUGUCCAUCAAGUUACUGGGGUACACACAGAUGUAACAGCUCCAAGGACGCCGGUGUUUAUUGCAGAGACGUUUCUAUUAGACUUAUUGAUGGCGAUUCUUCUGAUAGUGGUCUCGUUGAAUUUCGUUACAAUGGUGAUUGGGGAAAGAUCUGCAACGACACUUGGGGCUUUGAAGAAACUUUGGUGGUAUGUAGAAUGCUGGGAUACAGUGAUGGUGGUAUAUAUACUUAUCCUAAUGAGGUCAACGAGACAGCAGUGUGGCUUGACGAUGUGAAAUGCUCAGGCAAAGAGAAAUCUAUCGUAGACUGUGAGAUGACUACUCAGCAGAAAGACAAAUGUCCCAACGGUUACGCCGCAAUAUAUUGCCGAAACAUCAGCGUUAGAAUUGUCGAUGGACCCAAUAAGGCAAGUGGUUAUGUUGAGUUGCUGUACAGCGGAGUCUGGGGAACGAUCUGCUCUGAAAAAUGGGAUCGCAACGAUGCCCUUGUAAUAUGUCGAAUGUUGGGUUACAAUGAUGCCAGUGUGAAAAAUAAGAAGAAAAUCAAACUAGCAUCAGAACAUAUGUGGCUGGGGGAAGUUGAAUGCACUGGCAAAGAAAAAUCCAUCACUGAAUGCAAGCACUCGGAUUGGGGAUAUGAAUGCUCAUACGAGGCAGCAGAGUUAUAUUGUCGUAACAUUUCUGUAAAACUUGUGGACGGUCAAAUUCCCUCUGAAGGUCGGGUGGAAGUAUUCUACAACAACUCCUGGGGAACUGUCUGUGAUGACAGCUGGCGAGAAGAAAAUGCCCAGGUGAUCUGUCAGAUGCUUGGAUACAGUUAUGGUUUAUCAUACACACAUGCAGCAUAUGGAGAAGGACAAGGCAAAAUCUGGUUGGAUGAAGUGAACUGCACGGGUAAAGAAUUCUCUAUAGCUGACUGCGAUAGAAGGGAUUGGGGUCAUCACGAUUGUGCCCAUCGGGAAGAUGUUGGAGUCCAUUGCAAAAAUGUCGAAGUUCGAUUGGUCGACGGCGGCUCUCCUGAAAACGGUCGCGUUGAGAUAAAGUUUAAAGAACGAUGGGGUACCAUCUGUGAUGAAGGUUGGGAUGAUGAUGAUGCUGUGGUGGUAUGUCGGAUGAUUGGUUACAGUGAUGGCAUUGCUUAUAAAAACGCAAAAUAUGGCCCCGGUACAGGACCAGUAUGGCUGCACAAUGUUAACUGUAAUGGUAGCGAAUAUUCCAUUGCGAACUGUAAUCGACUUGACUGGAACUCAAGCAAAUGCCAACAUUCUCAAGAUGCCGGCGUAUUUUGCAAAGAGGUCGCGAUCAAACUUCUCGGCUCUAUGGUUCCUGGACUGGGCCGAGUGGAAAUUGGUAUUGCUGGGAAAUGGGGUACUGUAUGUGAAGACAACUGGGAUCGAAGUGAUGCUCUUGUUGUCUGUCGUAUGCUUGGCUAUCACGAUGCAGUGGCCUACACUAAUGGUAAAUUUGGAAGAGGUAACCAUUCAAUAGUCCUUGACGAAGUGGAGUGCCUUGGCAAUGAAUAUUCCAUUGCCAACUGCAGCCAUAGCCCGUGGGGUCAAUCCCAUUGCAAGUAUCCAGGUGCAGCUGGUGUCCAUUGCUUAAAUGUCACGACUCGAUUAGUUGAUGGCACCAACAGAAGCAACGGCCGCGUGGAAGUUUUUUAUAAUGGCGCCUGGGGCACAGUGUGUGAACGAGGAUGGGACCGAAGAGAUGCGUUAGUCAUCUGCCGUAUGCUGGGAUACAGUGAUGCUACAACUAAACCAUUAGGAACCUUCAAAUCCGGUUUUGGAUCAAUCUGGGUGGAUGAAGCCAAUUGUAGUGGCGCAGAACAAUCUAUUGCCGACUGCACCGGAAAUAUCUGGGGUACGACUGAAUGUAAUCAUAAACAAGAUGUUGGUAUAGCUUGCAGUAACCUUACUGUACGACUUGUGGCUGGCAAGACAUCAGCAGAAGGUCGCGUGGAAGUAUUUUUCAACGGCAAAUGGGGAACGGUCUGUGAUGAUGGAUGGAACGAUGAUAGUGCUCUCGUGGUCUGCAGGAUGCUAGGAUACAAUGGUGCUAUUUAUUAUGGUAAAGCUCGAUACGGUCCUGGAACUGGACCCAUUUGGAUUGAUGACUUGAAAUGUUCCGGUAAAGAGCAUUUCAUUACAGACUGCAAAUUCAAUGAUUGGGGCAAACAUGACUGCAGCCAUGCAGAAGAUGCUGGAGUACUCUGCAGAAAUAUUUCAGUUCGACUGAUGGAUAAAGAUAAACCCGGCAUAAACAAGGGCCGUGUUGAAGUCUUCUUCAACGACACCUGGGGUACAAUUUGCGACAGUGGAUGGGAUGAUGCUGAUGCAUUAGUGGUGUGUCAAACACUUGGAUUCAACGGUGGUGUAGCAUACAAAGCAGCCAAAUAUGGAGCAGGCAAAGGUCGUAUCUGGUUGUCAGAUGUUGAAUGUAUCGGCGAUGAAAAAUCCCUCACUGAAUGCAAGAAAAAUCCCUGGGGUCUGAACCACUGCAAACAUGAUAAAGACGCAGCUGUUGAAUGCAGUCGGUUAAGAUUAACAGGAGGAAAGAACGAUGUCAGUGGUAAUGUGGAAAUUAGCUUCAACAACCAUUGGGGAUCAAUUUGUGAUAACGGCUGGACAGACAAAGAGGCACAUGUUGUCUGUAAAAUGCUCGGAUAUACAGAUGGUGUUGCUUUCCUCAAUUCCAACUUUGGCCAAAUCUUCCAUAAAGUAUGGUUAGAUAACGUCAAGUGCACUGGACAUGAAAUAUCACUAACUCAAUGUCACAAAAGUAAUUGGGGUGAUACUCACUGCUCGAGUUCAAAUGCAGCCGGCGUACAGUGUGGUCAUCUAGAAGGGAGACUGAUUGGAGGUAAAACCCCACGUGAAGGCCGCAUUGAGUUCAACUAUGCCGGUAUUUGGGGAACAGUUUGUAAUACCAACUGGGACCAAUAUGAUGCCCAUGUUGUCUGUCGAAUGUUGGGAUUUAGCACUGGCCAAGCAAUUACUGAUGGACGUUUUGGUCAAGGGUCUGGUUGGAUUUGGUUAGAAAAUGUCAAUUGUACUGGAAGCGAAUCAUCAAUAACAUUAUGCAAUAAAAGUGAUUGGAAAUCAACAAAUUGUGACCAUUCCAAAGAUGCUGGACUCAUAUGUGAAUACACUACUUGAUUGAUUUAUCUUCUGCUUCUUCCUGGACUAACUAAUUGCUCUGAACAUUGGGUUAUCAGCCAGCAAUUGCAAACAUUCACGAAAUUUCAAGCUUGUAAUCAAUAAUAUUUUUAGAAAUAAAGAUAAAUACAGG